AUGGUUUCGAAAACCAAGCAAGCUGCUACUGCAGCAGCAAGAAAGGCGGCUGCAAGCAUGCGUGCAGCCGGAGAGAGUACUUCUCACACAUCAGCAGCAGGCGAUUCGUCUCCUGUAGUUGUGAACAGUCCAAGUGGUGAGUCACCACGUGCGACAGAUACAUCCGUUGCGUCUGCAGCGGGUGCCACGAGUCGUAAUCAAGACGAGUCUAAGAUAGAGCUCAUCUAUUCUGGCGAGUCGGAUGAUGCAUCCGACUCGAAGGCGACGCUUCACGCCUCCGGAUCACCCGGAGCGGACACUGCAAGAGCCAGGUUGACUGGCUCUGGUCAACGCGGCAGUAUCAUGUCCGAGAUCUUCGGAUCGAGUGAUUAUUCCGACGAAUCUUCGCCUCACGGAAAUCCAUCCAACGAUAGGACGCGUAGGAAUGGUAGUGAUGCACCUAUAAAUUACCACGAGCGAAGUAGUUCAAAGAAUCAUGGUAACACUGGUGUCAGCGCUCAGGCUGACACCAGUCAAGAGGCCAGGGACCGAAAUGUCCUGCGCCACGCUCCCCAAGUGGAGUCUCCGUGGAUGCCGUCACCCAAGGAGUUGACCCGGUUGGCCGGCACGACUACCGAACGGUCCCAAAUCCCCUUGUUCGAUUGCAGGAAGAUUUGCCCACCUGAUUCCAGCACGGAAUCUAUCCGUGCUGAGGAAAAGUUCUUUACCGAUGCGUUCCUCAAACAUCGGUGGUGCAAUGGUUGCCGUGUCCGAGAAGGCAAAGCUUUAGUGCACGGAUGGAAUGCCCUCAUCCACAACAUCGAGCGCAUUGGCCGUGAGGCCUGGUUCGCCAAACUUGAUGCAGCUCGCAUCAGGUUUGAGAAACGCAACCCAGUCCGGGCGCGACACAAGUUGCACCGACUGUCAAGAAAGGCAGGAUUAUCCUGUCUUUCUUGGGGACACUCGUGUUCAGGUUUCCUGGACAGCUCGAACCGUUCCCCUAGGGAGGCCUUCCUCCCUAUUGAUCCCUACUGGAGGGCACGCAACUCUUUCGAGAUGGCCGAAGGGUAUUGA